AUAAUGAUCCUCGCGGCCGACAUCCUCACCCACCCCUUUUGCACCACGCUGUUCCCGCUCGCGAACGCGGCCCGAUCGGCAAACGGGUAAAAAUUACGAGUUAUAGAUCGCAUAUGUCCCGGGCGCGUACGCAAGUCUCGGCGUCCUGCUUAGCGCGAUAAAAAGCGAUCGUCCGGAUGCGCGAUUGAAGGAUCUUCGGGAGAUCCUGGGGUAUCGGUAACAAUCUCAGUGGAGUUCUGAAGGAACUGACGCGCGGCUGCAUCCCCGCGCGAGCUUGCGUCUUGUGAAUCGAGAAUUUUUAUCUUGAGACUUUCUGCUGUUAUCGUGACGCGCGAAUCCGUGCAAACUCAUCUCCUUAUUUAGGUGAUAAAAGAAUCAUGUAUCACGACGAUUGAUUCGAUUAGAUUCUCUGUAUGAAAUAAUUCUACAUUGGAGGCUUAAGGAUAUCCAUGCAUCAUCUUGAAGAUCACUGAACUUGACUAAAGAUCAACGCAUCUGUCUGGAGGAAGAGGAAAAGAAAAUUUCUUGCAGAGUUUAAAAUUUAAUGCAAGUUCGAUGAAAAUGGAGGAGAACGGACGCGGCGAAACGCUGUGCAAGGUCUGUGGCGACAAGGCUUCCGGCAAGCAUUACGGGGUGCCAAGCUGCGACGGAUGUCGGGGUUUCUUCAAGCGGUCUAUCCGCAGGUACGCGAGGAAUUUGGAUUAUGUGUGCAAGGAGAACGGACGUUGCAUCGUGGACGUCUCGCGGCGCAAUCAGUGUCAAGCCUGCCGCUUUACAAAGUGCCUUCAGGUCAACAUGAAGCGAGACGCUGUGCAACACGAGAGAGCACCAAGGAGCACGUCGUCUCUGGUUGCGGCGGCGAGGAGGACUCCCUCGGGACUCUACACGAGCAUCCCCAACGUUUAUCAUCCUACGGGCAGCGCCUAUCACCCUCUCCUAUACCCCGCGUUGUUCCCCUUCAAGCCCACGGUACCAACAUUCACCCCGUCAGUCGCGCAUUUCUUGCCACGGCCGUCUGCGGAAUCGUUGUCCAUGACUACCGCCAAGGAGGACGAAGUUACCAGCUCCGAGGAAGCGGCUACCGUCGACGUCAGAGUUGAAUCAAAAGAGGAACUGGUGAGUACCCGCUUGGCGCCGCCAGUCAUCACUUCCGUCCCGUCGGAGUACACCAUGCAAGGCUUGUCUCUCCUGCCGACCGAAAAUAUCUACGAGUUUGCGGCGAAGUUGCUCUUCUUCGCUGUCAGAUGGGCGAGGAGUAUACACUCCUUUUUGCAACUUCCGUACAGAGAUCAAACUAUUCUCCUGGAAGAAUCGUGGAGCGAGUUGUUUGUACUAACGGCGGCGCAAUGGAACUUCCCCGUGGAUGAAACCACCCUGGUGCCCGUGGAUAUGCCGUUGGAGCGAAGGGAGGUUCUCGUCGACAAAGCGAGAAGACUGAGAGAACUUCUAGCUAAAUGCAUCGCGCUCAGAGUGGAUCAUUCGGAAUAUGCGUGCUUAAAGGCCAUAGUUCUCUUCAAAGCAGAAUCGCGCGGCCUCUGCGAGCCGGGGCGAGUGUCGGCGUUGCAGGAACAAACGGUGGCGGUGUUUUGCGAGAGGGAUGCGCGCAGGGUGGGUCGAUUGCUACUGCUGUUACCACCGGCGCGUGCACUCUGUCGUGCCACCCUGCACGAGUUGCUGUUCAAGCCGACGGUCGGCGACGUCAGCGUGGAACGACUGCUGGGCGAUAUGGUUGGCGCCCUCAGGCCCACCUAACUGUUGGCACGAAUGUGUCUGCUGUUCUGGGAUCGAUACCUGGACUGUCCAUGUGUUUUAUCGACACCCUUUUAUCGGCGAAGCAGAUCCUACCUCAACCAGCAAGUCCCGUUUUAGGGUGGUUCUCUUGGGAUGAUCCCUCAGCGCGUUUCAAUCCUAAAAUCGAUUAUCGUUUCCGAACCGAUCUCGAUGUCGCGCACAAAUCGCGUUAAUCGUUCACCAGUUGUGAGAUAUUAAAGAUAAUCAUGAAUGUUAAUGUAUAAUAAUGAUGAGAGGUGUGCAAUUAUCGUUAUCGAGAUUGAUACCACAAUAAUGAAUAUUACAAUUAUAAUUGUACUGAAACGAUAUCGUAAUAUGUUAUACGUGGAACAUGUUACACACUGUGACGUGGAGAUAGAAGAACAAAUGUCCCGCGAAAAAACUUCUACAUCAAAAAGAUAUUAAUUAUUUAGAAUUUAAGAGAUGAGUUCGAUUGUAGCUUUUCGGAAUUGAAAUAGCUUUAGUUAUAUCAGCGAGCUAUAAUAGUUAAUUAAUUAGAGCCCUGCAUACUGUGCGUUACUUAUAGCUAAGACUACAGCCUCGAAACAGCCAAUGAGAGUUAAUCAAUUACGCUUAGAACACUGUAGAUCUCAGAUAAUAUAUUUAACCGUAAAUGGUAAGCAAUAAGGCGAGGUAACAGCGUGACGAUGACGAUUCGCGUUACAAGGUAAUUAUCGAAUUAUGAUACACCGCAUUGGCACCGAUAAAAUACGUAAUAAAGGACUCGUCGAUAAAACGAGACCUCGUAAUGCGACGAUAGUCUGUCGGAAUAUCGAUUUGCGAUAAGCAGGGAUGUACGCGCAAUUCGAAUGUUAAUCGCAUUGAUCCUCUGCGUGUGUGUCUGAUAUUAUAUAUUAUAUAAAUGCUUUGCGCAAUGUAUUAUUUAUGCACCUCCAUUACGUAUACAUGUACAUAGCUGUUCUAGAUAUGAUUAACUUUACCGACGUGACGUCGCAAAAUUGGAUAUAAUGUCUGUCACAAAGCGAUGGAAAUUCAUACACGUGUAAUUACUUGUUUGAUCAAGGCUCUCGUUUAUUCCAGUCGUUUACUUAUUAGAUCUGAAGCGAGAAAAGUGAUUAUCGGCUAUCGUAUAUCAUCGGUAUUGCUAUCGUUAAUGUUACCUCUGUAUAGUGUUAAUCAUUUGUGCUCUGUGCGGCGAUUGAAAAUUAUCUAAUCGCCACUAUCGCAAUCGUAAUAAGUUGUUUUCGAAAAUUAAUGGCAAUAAAUUCCCUCAGAAAAGAAAUGUAUUUAUUUCUUUUCGCAAGAUCACCCUUUAUAUAAAAAACAGUUUGAGUAACGUAAUUUUCUUUUAUACAGUUAAAAGUUCAUAAUGGGAUACCACAAAAUUUCUUAGCUGCAAAUUAUCAAGGAAAUAGAUCUGUCUAAGCAUCGCUGAAAAAAAAAAUUAUCAAGCAGAGUCGAUAAUCGAAAUCGUUGGCAUAAUCAGUUAACAACGGGAAGAUAAUUGGCGAGGGGGGGACAAAUACACAGAGAGACUCUUCCUUUUUUUAUUAACUAGAAUAAUUUAUUUUUCUCAUGGUAGAAAAAGGAGAAUGUAUCUUAACUCACGAACUGCAUUGUACUUAUAUAUAUACAAUUACAUACAAUCCUCAAUUGAACGUUACACAUAAACUCAUUACACAUCGAUUUCUCAUUACUUCCUUGUCCUCGUCAAUGCGUUCCUGAAAGAUAGAACUGCUCGCAGUAUUAUCCGAAAAUACGAUCAGCCGUGGUCCGGUGGUUUAGCGGAGUGGGAAGGAUGGUUCCGAGUACACGUGUGAUCAUGUGUGGUGUGUGAUGGUGUGGACUGUUCUGCGCAUGGAGAGAAAGAUGACAGUGAGACAGUGGAACGGAGCUCGAGGAGGAAAAAUUACGGAAAAAGCGGGAAAUUCUGCGUGAAGAAAGUUUUUCUGCGAAGGAACUGCGCGCGUGUAACUUGUACGUGUGUAUGCAUCGUGUCUGUGUGCAUGUGCGUGUACACGUGGAAGGAUUUUCGGAUGGGCGUUCUCGAUGGGAGCAUUUCGUGACGGAAAAAUUUUGAGACUGUCAUACGUAUUAUCUUGUCGACUUGGCUGUCUCCGUCUAUCGAAAUCGCACGUUGCCAUUCACGUUUGUGUGUUUGUGUGUAAUUCUCGGACAAUUAAGAUUAUAGAUUUAGCAAGCGGUAGCUGGAAGAAAACGAAAACACUCGACCGAGUUGAACGCGGGUCCGCAUGGGCCGAGAAAUUUUCGCUGACCAAUUUUCCAGUUACGAGGAAAGUACAUUUGAAUUGUAGCGGUACCGAACAAUGCGCGCGUUUAUUAUAUAAUUCACACACUUGUAUAAAAUGGCUCGAAACGUCUCGUAAUAUUUUCUAUUCAAAGUUCUUUGGGAUCUACCAAAUCUCUACCAUCCAAAAUAUUCCAAAAGUUCAAAAGUUCUGUAUAAAAGCGAACUUUCCCUUAGCGUGAAUAUCUUCGAAAAUUUUACGGGAAUCAUUGUUUCUCUCAAAAAUGAAAAUUUCUACUCCAGAUUCCACUCUCUAGACGACUCUGGAAUUGCUCGACGUUACCGUAAACCGUCCCAAGCUUCAAAUGUAUCUAUCCUUCGCUUCUGAUUCCGCCUUCAUUCUCGCACGGCCGUUCUGCUCGAGUCUUUUCCAUCAUUUUUAGCAUCUAAACAGAUAGAUUACUUGUCUCUUACGAACAAAAAAAAAAAGAAGAGAAAGAAGAGAUCUCUCUUCGGAAUCUGCUCGUGAGUUACCUGCUCUCUUCCGUGAUCGGCCGGUCGCUUUUACCAUAUACAUAUAUAUAUAUAUUUAUAUACUGUUCUCCUCUUAAUAGCAUUUUUUUAACGCGCUUACAUUCAAAUAGACUUUUAUUAGAGUUACACAGUUAAUGAUUUGCAAUUAAAUCUGAUUUACUGCGUGUGCCCGUUAUCUCCUCGUUCAUCCAUUACACUCUCACUCUCUCUCUCUCUCUUUCUCUAUUUUUCUACGAUAUAAACACAAUUUCUUUUUUUUUGUUUCUUAUGUGAGGAAUUGUUUUCGUUCUCGUUCGCCAAUGCUCGCUCACGCGCGCGUUUCGCCUCGAUCUUGGAUCCUGUCGGAUCGCGAUUCAAUCGGAGCAAUUGUGACAGAAUGGACAGCAAAUCGCUGAUACUUUCCAAUGGCAAAAUGAACGAUAAUUACAAAAUCAUUAACAAACAACAAUCAUUUACUUCAGCUGUCACAAAUGCACCAAGUGAUCAUUUCUUUCAUUGAUUUCGUCAUUGGAAUAUACUGCGAUGCGUCACGCUCUUCAGUCACAAUCUCGCGAUCCGCUGUGAAAUUUUAAUGAACAAAUAACACGAUACCGAAAGCGUAUCCGAAUUCUUGCAAGCACGGAACAUUCUGCGCUUUGUACUCGAAACAGGAUCGACGAGGAUCGAAGCUCACAGGCGCGUUUACGUUACAAAAAGAAAAAGACGCACGUACAUCCGUGUUUUACUGAAUCUCUCCUCUUCCUGUUUCCCUGUCGCUGAAUGUGCGCCGACGAUACUUCGUCGGUGCUUUCGUCUCUACCUUUGCCUGAUCUCGUUUCUCCUUAAAAGAUGAAAAAAAAUUGAGACAAAGAACAACACAACACGGCAUUUCUAUUAUUCCCGUCCUCCAUUUCAACACUAAUAUGUAAGGACAAAAAACUAACAGAUUUCGGCGUAAUAACAAAUCGCCGUGAGCAGACAGCCCGAGAGAGUCCCGGGGGAGCGCAUGUAAAAGUGCUCUGUAAAAGUACGGAUCUUUUUUUGGGAUAUCUGUUCCUCCCAUUCUCUUGCUCUUUUCCUCCCCAUGAGUUUUUCUUGCAAGCCCGGGACUCUCGGACGAGUCG